GUUGGUGCAGGAGAUAUAGUGUUGAAGCAAGUUGUUGGCAAGUAUUCGAUAGGCAAAGCCAUUUAUGGAAGUAACAGAGCAAAGCUUAGACCUUUCUUGUGCCAAUCCAACUGUGGCUUCCACAAUGGGCGGACUGAUCUUGCUCCGAGAAGCUUCUUUGAAGACUACGUGGAUGAUGACACAAGCCGACCAUACACAUACCAGAAAGAGAAAAAGUCAAAGAAUCCAGACAAACAUGUAUCGUUCAAGCAACGGACAAUCACAUACAUGGAGACCUUCACUCUCGAUGUCUUCAUCUCAAAACGCUUUGUUUCGGCAUCUCUCACGCACCGUAUCAUAUGGAGGAUCUUGUCUGAACGUGCGAAGGAGGCUGAUGUUUAA